CUUCUCAUCAACAUGCGUGGCACUACGCACAUCUCGAACCAUUUUCGUUGUUAAUGCGUGGUUGCACUCAUUUUUAAAAAAUUAGGCUUUGCCCCCUUAAAAUGGAAGUUAAGCAUAAACGUAUAAAAAAUUUUAGAACGAAUGAGCCGGAAAGAGAAGAUGAGCACAAAAAUGUGGAGAGCAUGAAUGGCACAGCGGGUGAUUGUGGUGAGGAGAAAGCGCUGAUGAGCUGCGAUAGCAGGGAGCGGGGAGCACCGAUUAAUGCGGAUGAUCACAACGAAGAUGAAAAUAAGGGCAGUGCAGGAAAAGAUGAAAAGAUGCGGUGCAUUAACACCGAGCAUGAACAAAAAGGGAACGGGCAGCACGCCGUGGCACGUAGUUCUACGGUGCUGGUGCACUUUUAUAGCGCACUUCGCUGUUUUGCACGUAUUGCCCUGUUCAUCACCUACCACUUGAUCGUGCACGUGGUUCUUCUGCCGUGCGUAGCACUGCGGUACUUCAUCGUUACGUCCCUGCUGGUAAAAUUAGCGGUGCACUGCGUACGGCUGGAAAGAAUUGGUAAGGACCGGUAUUUGCAGAACGAGUACUUGUGCGUGUUGGGGAGGGGAGAGAGCGGUAGGAGAUGGUGCAAGGGAAUGGUAGGGACUGUGGUGUACGUGUUGUACACGUUUGUUAGGGAUUACGGGGCGUUGUUUUGUUCUAAGGGGCGUAGGGUGGAGUGUGAGGGAGAUGGGCGUAAAAUGAAAAGAGAAAUGAACAACGAAUGCAGCAGCAGUUCUAAAGGAGAGAUAGAAACGUGCGAUGAGGGAAAGAGCAGCAAAAAAAUAAAACGUAAAAAUAGAAAAGACAACGGACCUGUGAUGGGAAAAAGAAACGAUGAGGAGCGUAAAAGCACCAGGAAAAGGAGCCGUACCGUGAAGGAGAGGUGCAAGGUAAAACAAAAGGAGAGUCGAGUGCAUAAAUUCAUGUACAGCAUAAAUGAUCUAAUUCACAAAACACUGGCAGGAAAGAGCAACAAUACGUUCUGCUGCACCGUGAUUUACAACCUAAGGGAUGACAUCGUUGAUGCCCUUUACGUUUUACACUUGCCCUAUUUCGUUGGCCAGCUCGUUCUUUUCGUUUUGCUGCAUUCAAAGGUACCGGGCAUGGUUCAGCGCACAAAUAUUUUUAGCGGCAUGGCACUCGCCCCAUCCGUAAAGCACGUGCUAUCGUACGUGCUGGGGUCAUUGAUCGUGCGUAGCAGCGGUGUACUGCUCGUUCUCUCCAUCGAUGUGCUCAAUGCGCUGAUCAUCAACGCGUACACGAGCGUAGUCAACAACGCUAUUUACAACGUGGUGCUCUUCGCCAUUGAUAGCACGUGGUUGAGGUGCUCUGCCAAUUUCGUAUGUCUUCUGCUCUUCGAGCAAAACUGCCUUAAUUUCUGCAAUUUAAGCAUGAUUGAUUUCAUCAUGCAUGAAAUCAAGAAUAAUGAUUUUAAAGGGCAAUUUAUGGCCAAAAUAAGGUUUGUUUAUGCAUUAAUGCAAUGCAUUAAGCAACGAACCGCUAGAACGUUUAAUCAUGCGGGGCAUAGCAAUUGGUACGGUAGCACCUACACCGGUGAACAGACAGGAAGUGCCGCUGAUCGCGUUACCGACACAGCCGCAGAAGAGUGCAGCACUGCCCUUUCCUUUUCAGAGCAGGAAAGCGCCGAUGAGUACGAAGUAUUUGGACAUGGAGGCAGCAUUGAUGGCUUCUUUACUGCCAUUGACAGCGCAUCAUACGUACGUGAUGAGGGUGGCUGUGCCAAUGACAGCGCACCGCACAUAUUUGGUAAGAAAAGCCAUUCUAUCGGCAAAGCGCUCCUCGUAAAGCAUUGCUCCAUUCUUCAUGCAUUGCAUAAACACUUAAUAACAACCAAGCAGUGCACCCGUUACGCCCCCUUAUUCGUACUUUCAACCGUUUUACUGCUCGUUCUCCGCCAUAACAAUUUACUUACCCUUAACAAUGCAUUAUUCGCCGUUUGUACGCUUCUUUUCCUCAACAGGAUGCAUGAAUUGAACAUAAAAUAUUUUUUGGUACUGUUAAUGCUUGUGAUGAGCGGAGUAAGGGCUAGUACGAGUGUUUUUGUUGUUUAUUGGGUGGUGCGCGCUAAGAAAAGGAUGGUGAACUGAAUGGAAAGGGUGUAUACGAGGAGUAGCACGGUGUUUGAAUGGAUGUUGAUCAUACCAUGGGAUCACCUGACCAUCAACAUACGAAAAUAAUCUGCUACUCGUUUUGAACGGUUGAUCAUUCAUUGUGAAGGGUUAGUCACAGGUACGUGAGCAGAGCACCCCUAAACAUGACUGUUCCUACCAUUCAAUUACGUACGUACAGCCCUCAAUUAAGAAUUUUCACGGUGCUGAUCUGAGGGCGUAGUGGUGUAAACUACGAAUAGCAAUGCAUUGCUGUUCUUGUUCUGGUGGGAUGGGUGUUUGAAGCAUUCAUGCGCAUUAAAAGUGCU